GAUAUGAUAGUCUGGUUCAACGUCAGCUGGUCAGCAGUGGAUUCUUUGGAAGAUGAUGAGGAUCUUGCAGUGACGGCUCGGAAUAGUAAAGGUGCUUCAGAUCCUGUUCUGCUUAGAGAUCUGGUCUUCAGAGACGCGGAGAAAAGGGCAGAAAGCACAACUCGAGCGGAAACGAAGUUCCCAACAGCUGCUGCAUUCGCGGGACUGGCUGCUAUUCUAACUGCGGCAGGCGCUAUAGCGGUACUCGCUGUGAGAAAGCGAGGAGAAACUACCACAACCUCAAAGCGACCUUCGCAGAGCGUGGUGCAGGUUGACGCUCAAGGGAGGCGGUUCCUCAUAGCAUACCCUGCUCCUGCGGACAAGCUGGAGACCAAACCUGAUAUACUGAAUCCUAAGUCUGACAACGAGCCGCCGCGGGUGGUGCUGGAAUCGAGUGACAACAAGAGCUACAGCAUCAGGGAGGCGAGCUCCGAACCUCACAAGUCGGCAUACAGCCCACCACCUCCACCAGAAAAUAUGAUGCCAGAAAGAUAGCAUAUGGAUCAAAUCCAGAGUGCAAUGUAAAUACGAAGUUCCAAAGACUAUAAAAUUGUAAAUUCAAAAGAUGCCAACAAUUAUUAUUAUUAAAAAAAUAGUUGAUAAGAAAUAAUACCUAAUAGAAUUUAUAGACGAACUCUUCCAUAUCAAUUUAAAAAUAUUUGUAAAUUUAUCGAGAUUUCACUUCUUGAAUACGUUUUCUUUUAUUGUAAAUAGUUGUUCUAAAAU